AUGCUUCACCUGCGCAAAUCCGCCGAAACCAACUCCUACCGCACCCUCAUGGUGGAGCCCGACGAGGAGCUUCUCUACGUCGAUUUGGAUUCCCUCCAGCGGUUGGAAACCGGCGACGUCCGAUUCAACCGUGGAUUCGUCGACGGAUCUUGCAACGGCCUCAUUCUCCUGGUGCUGAACCCCCAAUCUAUCCUUCUGUGGAACCCUUCCACCAGAAAACAGAACCCGCUGCCGCCGGCCUGCCCGGAGGACACCUCUCGGGUGGUUAGGUACGCCCUGGGCUACGAUUCCAAGCACCGCGAUUACAAGGUGGUCAUGGUGGACCAGACCACCCCUGAAUGGGAAGUAUUUGAAUCCGUGACCAGGGUUUACAGCCUCACAACAAAUUCCUGGAAAUUGGUGGGGGAUUUCCCCUACGCUCUGCCGACGAACGAGCCGUGGGGUUUGUACUUGAAUGAUUCUCUCCAUACUGUCAUCCGUCAUUGCUUGAUUCUUGCAUUUGAUCUUGCCAGGGAAGAAUUCUAUGAGUUGCCAAAGCCAGAUUAUCAUGGGUUUUCUCACGGCUUGGUGUUAGUGGAGGAACUGGGCGGGUGUCUUGCGGCUGUUGUGGUCCCGGAGAUGAGCAUAAGUGAGGUUUGGGUGAUGAAAGAGUAUGGAGUUAAGGAGUCUUGGUCUAGACUGAUCCGCUUUGACAUGUGCCAAAUAGGGCUCUCUCUGCAUAUGAUUCCAUUGGCCUAUUCAAAGAGUGGUGAUGAGAUUCUCUUUAACAACAAGGGGUCGCGCUUUGUUUGGUAUAACUUGGGGUCGAAGACUGUACGGGUUGCGGAUGUUGAAGGUUUGGGUGAUCGGAGUAACAGAAAGAGGUGUGGCCCGUUAUUUGAUGCUAGGGUUUGUGUUGAGAGCCUUGUUUCGCCUUAUGAUUCUGGUCUGCUGUGGAUUUGGGAAAUGGAAAGGCAACGCAAGCGGAAGGCGAAAGGGAGCAGGAGAUAA